AUGAAAGGCAAAACCUUUAAACCUGGAGAGCCAUAUACUCAUCGUUUGAAUAGGAUUCUCGAUGAAUAUCCGGAUGGAUCUCAAAUACUCCGUGAAAUUCUUCAAAACUCUGAUGAUUCUAAAAGCCGCUCACAAACUUUUAUACUGGAUCAUAAUACUUAUCCAACUAAUAGUUUAAUCGAACCUAAAUAUGAUAAAAGUAACUUGAAAUUGGAUAGAUUUCAAGGACCAGCGCUUUUAUCAAAAAACGAUGCUGCGUUUGAGGAUCGGGAUUUUGAAUCCUUAUUAAGAUUGGCAAACAGUGAAAAGAGAGAUCAAUUUGAUAAAAUCGGGGCUAUGGGCGUGGGUUUCAAUUCAAUUUACCACAUAACUGAUUCUCCUUCCUUUCUUACUGGCGAUCAAUAUGUUAUUCUUGAUCCACAUGAAUGGUACUUCGAUGGUG